GACAACAGCGACGACGACCGAUGAACGAUGUCGCGCUACCCGACGCAGACCAAAACAAAAUGGCCGAUCCCUCGGCGGCACCGUUGUUUACUCGUUUAGGGAGACGUUCUGACGCGGACGCGACGAGAGCGGUGAGGCGAGGCACGCUUGCUUAUUGAUUCUCUUGCUGCUACCGCGCGCGUCACACGCUCCGCGUCUCGGUAACGACGAGGAGAGCAGGCAUUGUUGCGGUGCUGGUAAUCACUCGUCGCGGACAAAAGCAUGAAUCCCGCGGAAACUCCGUUGACAACGCUGCCGUUUAUUAUCCGGGAACGCGCGUAACGUCGUGCUUGAUGCUCGAGAGUACUUCACUGAUCGACAGAGGGAUUGAUUCACGAAACUUUUUGCGAACGCGAACUCUUGAACAAUUUCGCGCCCAGACAAGCAAGAUGUCCAAUUCAUACAUCAUCGAGCCACAGGAGAGCUCUGAGAAGAAAGAUGAUACGUUAAUCAUCGUUGUCAACGAUGACGGAGUAAUAUCCGUCGAUCAAGCGACUCUACAAAAUUUGAUAAUGAAUCAAACGAGUGCUAAUGUAAGCGUGGUAAGAUUGGGACAAGCUGACACAGACAAUGAAAAUGGGGAUAUAACCUUGACAGUAGAUCCACCGACAUUUGUUCAUUCUACAUCAAGCUCAAUAAACGCCAAUGCCAGUACUGACCCAAGUGGACUGGUAGAUCCUUUUAUGGAUCUGGAGAUGGAUCCAGAACAGCUGGAAACAUUACAAACGGCUCUUCAAAGUGAAGAGGCAAAACAAAUACUUGGAGAAAAUGUCACUGCAAUGCUUGAUAUGCUAUCAAAAGAAGAGUUGCAGAACACUAUGCGAUAUAAUGUACAACUAGACCAUUGUUACACAAGCCGAUUUUCACCUAGCGAUCCAAUGCCAAGAGACCCUUUACCAGUCGUCGAUGAUUUACCUGAAUCCACUGAUGUACAAUUUAUACAAACAUCCUCUCCUCGAACAACUAUAAUGUCAUCAUCUAUUAAUAACACGGACAAUGCUGGAGUUAAAAGCAAGAAUAUUGUAAAAAAUAUAAAUGUAUCAUUACAAAACAAGCAAAUAAACAGGCCAAUACGUAAAAUGCCUGUGUCUACACUUGCAACUGGGCCUUCUAGAGCUAAUACAGGCAUUGUUGGGACUCCUAAAUUGCCAGCACAUCAGUCAAUGCCAAGAAAUAUAACAAAUGUCCAACAAGGAGCAACUAAAUUACAAGCCAAAAAUAACAAAGAAGAGGAAGAAGAAGAUGAUGAAAUUACAGAAUCGUCUACAGAGUCUUCGGAACCAGAACCACCGUCCGAUAAUGAUAACGAUUCUGAUUUUGGCCCUCGUAGCUCCAGGAGAAGUAAUGCUAGAUCUCGAGGAGGACGAAAGGGUCUUACUACAAGAGGUGGUAGCAUGACAGCUAUUCGAAGAAGAGGUCAAAAGCAGUUGGAUAUAGAACAAGUGCGGCGAUUAGACAGGGAGAUGGCUGCUGCCGUUAAUGCAAUGAAAACUCCUGAAAAAGACGAUAAAUCAGAGAGAUUUAAUCCUACUAAGAGUAAGAGACAAGUCAAGACAUUUGGUGGGAAAAAGAAAGAAGAAUUGCAGUUUACAGAAAUGUCUCCAUCUCCGUCUCAAGAAUCGCCACCAACAUACGAAAAACCACUACAAACGACAAAUCAAGUGAAAGCAAAUUUAAUUAGCGCCAAUAUGAUCAAAGGUGAUAUGGUACUGACCAAACCCGGUCAAGGACGAGCCAAUCAAAAGGUUACGUUUAUUCCAAAACAUGUUUCAAUGAAAUCGAACGAACUUAAGAAUAUCGGGCUUAAAAAGACCGUAUUGGUUUCAAAAGAAAAGCUUGUUAGUCAAACUGGUACAAAAUUUUUCACGACCAAAGAUGGGAAAUUACUGCAAAUACCAAUGACGUCUAAGAGUCCAGUGAAUCCGAAUGUGCAGAUUUCUCCAACAAAAACGUUAGUAGCGCAACAAGUUGGAUUACAUCAGUCUGUGACACAGCAACAAAAUGUGGCCCAAGACUCGCCGAUACCUCAACAACCAAAAACUGUUUUAUCAGUCAGCAAUUCGCCGAUAAAAAUCAAGUCUGGUGAUGUAAAGAGAGAAAAGAGAAAAUCUGACGGCAGCAUAGAAUCACUUUCAAAGGGAGAAGAAAAUUCCACAAAAACUGCCGAGAUCAAGACGUUAGAUAGUGCGAAGAAACCUAAAAGAGAUAAUCGAAAAGCUGCGGGCUACGUAGUUGAUACUUUGGGUCCCGCGCUUUUUUCAACACCGGACAUAAUUCGACGAGUGGGUUCAAAUAGUGAUGGGAAAGUCACAGAUAAUCCUGCAACACCUACAACUCCGACUACACCUUUUGCAACAGUAGUACCUACAUCUGGAUCACCAACUAGCUCUAUUCCCACAACCGUUUCAUUGAAUAUUGGCAUCAUUCCUGAUUCAAAUGUAGUGCAGAACACUUCUAAUCCUAUUAACAAAAAGACAAUAUUUAAUACUUCUGAACAGUCUGUUCUGUCAGAAUCGCAAUUAAAUGUCGAUGGAAACAAUAGUGUAACGACAGGAAGCGAAAACGAACAAAAAACAGAAACAAAGACGCCACUGACGGAAGAGUUACAACCGUCAUUAGAUACAGGUGGAAUUGAAGGAGAAGACCAUUUAUUAGCUACUUUAGAAAUGGAAGCCAGCAAACACGAGGAAGACCUAUUCGCUGAAGCGUUGUUGUUACAGGAGGAACUUGGAGUUGAUUUAGCCGAGCAUGCUGCAUUAAGUGAUCCCAGGCAACGAGUGAUUCCGGAACCGUUGGCAUCAAGUAGUAUGCUUAUAUCACCUACGAUAGUAUCAUCUGAACAAGACUCUAAAUCAGCCGAAGUAAUAUCAACGGUACAAACACCUGUUUCGAAAGAAACAAACAAAAAGCCUUUGAAAGACGAUAAAGAGCCAAUUGAAAUUGUUCGAGGCAAUCGUGUGAUUAAGUUACCUCCUAUCGAAGCACCUGCUACUAGAAGUAAACGGCUACAAGCGAAAACUGAGACACCGCAGGCGAAUCCGGAACCGGCAAAGAAAGUAGAGAAGCUUGCUCAGGUACCAGUUCAGCAACCAGUACAACAUAACAAGGACGAAUUUAAAACGGGGCAAGUAAUGAACGUAGAAGAAGAAGACGAUGAAGACGAUGAGGAGGACAAUUCAGAUUCAGAGGAUGAUCCAGAUCGACUAUGGUGUAUCUGUAAACGGCCACAUAAUAAUCGAUUUAUGAUAUGCUGCGACGUCUGCGAAGACUGGUUCCAUGGAAAAUGUGUACAUGUCAGCAAAGCCAUGGGUCAACAAAUGGAGGAGAAGGGUAUAGAAUGGGUUUGUCCGAAUUGUCUAAAGAAAAAAGCUGAGGAAGAAAAGACGAAGUCGAACUUGCAAUCACUACCUGGAAAACAAAAAACAAAGGUUGAAUCAGGUGAAAAUUUGUCGCAAGCUAUACCGAAAGAAUUACCGGCUUCUAUAGAUCACGACGGCGCCGCUCCAACUUCUAGCACAAUGCAGUGUGUUGUUUGUAAGAAGGAAGCUAGAAAUUCUAGCAUUUAUUGUUCGGAUGCAUGUAUUCUUACACAUGCUCAGGAAACUUUAACUAAAGACAAACCCGUGCCAUCUGGAUUAAAUGUAAAAUCUACGAAAUUAUCCGUGGAAUCUAUGAAGACAAAACCUGAAAGUAGAGUAAUAGUCUUUGAUAAAAAAACUGGUAAAGUUCUUACCGGUGCAGAUGCUCCUGUAAGAUCCAAUUUACGAACAUGGUUGAAAGAGAAUCCAAGUUAUGAAAUAGUAGAAGCUAAUAAUAUUAAUACACUUCAAAUAGGUGGAAAGCUCGUCACGAAAAUUCAAACAACUGGAAAAACCGUAAAAACUACGCAGUUAUCUUCAACUAAAGUGCAAAACAUGCCAAAGAUGAUUUAUACCAAGGUAGCAGGAUCAAAACAAACUGUUCUAGCAUCCAACAAAAAAAUUACAAUAAUUCCCGCUAUGCAACAACAAACGUCGUCGGGCAAUAAAUCAACACAACUAAAACAGACGAUAACAACAAUGUCAGGAAAAAAUCCUAUGGUAUUGAAGACACCAAAGAGUGUCACACAGGUACAACUGAAAACUCAAGCGGCAGGUUCGCCGAAGCAAACAUCGACUAAGAAGCAGGAAGCAAAGCCAUCACCAUCUCAAUUAAAACAAACUAAAUUAACACCAGUAAAGAAACCAGAAACAGAACCUAUACGAGUGAAUAUCCGUAAAACGCUGACGGAAUUACUGUCUAGCCGUAUAAAAGAAACUGAAGAUCUGAAAUUAACUGAUGAGGAGAUUGCCGAUUUGGCUUUCAACAUAGAACUCGAAAUGUAUAAAUAUUUCAAGGACACUGGCUCUAAAUACAAAGCAAAGUACAGGAGUCUUGUGUUCAACAUAAAAGAUACUAAGAAUUUGACGUUAUUUAGAAAGAUCGCAGAUCGCUCAUUAACACCUGAUGCUGUAGUGCGAUUAAGUCCGGACGAGAUGGCUAGUCAGGAAUUGGCUGAGUGGCGUGAAAAGGAAACUAAACAUCAACUAGAAAUGAUAAAGAAGAACGAACUGGAUUUGAUGGCUCAGGCCAAGUCGAUCGUCGUCAAAACUCACAAGGGUGAACAGAUAAUCGAGAAUGAUGGUGGAAUCGAUCACGUUGAUCCUAAAACGCCUGUACAAGAUAUCGUUUCCGCGUUAAAUAAUGGCGACAGUAUAAGUUCUACAGUUGAUGAUCUGGAGAAAGAUAAAAGCAAGGAUAGAUUAAAAGCGCAAAUAGAAACAAAGAAAUCUAAGAAUGCGGACGAACGAAGGAAAAAGGAUAAAGAGAAAGGGAGAGAGCACGACGGCACAAAAUUCAAGGCCAAGGAUCGACAGGAGAGAAGUCGCAGUCGGCAUCGUCGUAGUCGAGAUCGAGAUCGCAGCAAGACGCGAGACAAGAGCAAGGAGCGGAAGUCGAACAGAAACAAGGAAAGCAGACGCGACAAGGAUAGAGAGCGAGAGAAGGAUCGAGAUCGAAACAGAGAUCGAGACAAGGCAAGUAUAAAGGAGAGAGACCGGCAGAAAGAGAAGGACAGACAUAAGCGUAAUGAUAGUCAUUCGAGAAAUCGUAGCGGAAGUAGAGAUUCUAAGGAUCUCGAUAAACGAGAUGAGGAACGUAAGAAGGAAAUGGAAAAGAAAAAGGAGAUUUCUCCAGCACCUGUGGAAAAACCGAUAGAGGAUCGUCUCUGGCGGCACAUAGAAGACGAGGCAACAACGAACACGAUUGAUGGGAACGAUUCCGAUAUAUCUGACAGAGAACCUAGUUCUACCGUCACGAUCAAAACGCCCGAUAUAAACGAAGAAUCCGAGAGAGACAAAGAACAGGUAACAGACAAGGAAACAUCGGCGAAGGGCAGUUGGCACACCGUCUGGCGCGGUUUUGUUAAUAUGGUUGACGUCGCUAAAUUUUUCAUAACUGCGCAAGAAGUAAGCGGCAAUGCCAAAGAUCUCAUGGACGAUUUGCCGGAUACCGUUGAUGUCGUCGGUAGGAUCAGUCACGAAACUGUUUGGGACUACAUCUCGAAAAUGAAGAGGAGCGGUUCAAAGGAGAUUCUAAUCAUCAGAUUAACAGCUGCGAAUGACGAAGAGAAGAUUCCUUAUAUAACAUUGUACAGUUAUUUGAACAGUAGAAGUCGUUUAGGCGUUGUUGGUAAUGUUUCCAAAAAUAUCAAAGACUUUUAUAUAAUGCCAUUUUCGAAUCAGAGUACAAUACCGUCGGUUCUGAUGCCACUCACCGGACCUGGAUUUGAGGAGAAUCGGCCACAUCUACUUCUCGGUAUCAUAGUUCGUAACAAGAAAAAACGAUUAUCGGCUGUGCCGCCAGUAAUACCUUCGAAAACGUCCAAGACAUCCGACAGAAGUUAUACUCCGCCAUUGGUUAGCGUACCGAAGGAGAAGACUUUAUCACCGUCACCAACUUCGUCCCCCAUGUUGUAUAAAGCGACCACGUUAGAUUCAACAAAAGAGAAGGCAACAACGGCGACGGCGACAGUGACACAGAUGACCUUGGAAUCUUUAAACAAGGCGCAUAUAGGUAUGUCACGCGGCAUCAUAGACACCGCGACGAUAUGCAAAAUUGUGCCGGAAUUGUCGUCAAAAAUCGACCUGACCUCAUCACCUGGUAAAGUUGCAUUAGACGAUGACGGUGACGAGCCGUACAGCCCUGGCGAGAUGGAUGACGAUAUGAACAAUCUGGAGACGACCGUCGACAGCGCCGCUAAUAUUUUGUCUUCAUCUAGCAAGAACUCCACAGAGUUACAGAGGAAGAUGGACGAACUGAAUCGACAGAUUGAGGAGCAGAAGCAACAGAUCGAGGAACAGAGGCAACAAAUACAAAGUAUUAGUUCGUCGUUUCUCGACGAAACGACGCCUACUUUGCCGGGUUUGGGACUAGAUCCGCCCGCUGAUGAUUCCGAAGAAGCUUACAGCCCAUCGAACGCUCGGUCCUUCACGCCUCCGCCACCCAUCUCCAAGUUUGCACAGCCUAUCCUUGAUAAGGUCUCGGACAUUACUAUACCGCCGAAUUUACAGGAGAUCCUGGCGAAUGUCAAGCGACAGGAAUCCUCGAAAGUGGACCCUUAUCUUCCAUCGAAACCUAGCGCAUCAUUUCUCCCCACACUCUAUCAGAAUUCGGAGAGAUAUUCGCCCUCGCCUUCUUCUAGAAUGAGUCAGUCGGAGAAAACACCACUAGAAGUUUCCAAAGAAAAUAGAAGCACUUUGAGUACUUUGAGCGAUCUUGAUCUGAUCAGAAAGGCCGAGGAGGAAUUGGCUGCUGUCGAAGCAGCAUCCGCAUUACCGACGCUACCAACCUCUUCCAUAUCGUCGUCGUUGCCAUCAUCCUUGCUCGUUUUAACGCCGCCGGCCAUUGGCUCUGCGAGUGACGCAGCGAUAUCGCCGUCACUGCAAGUUCUUCCGUCAACGGAACCUGUGUUGGAGGCGAAUAAAUCGUACAAACCAAAUUCUUCAGAUUCUUUCAAGAAAAGCUUCACCCCUGAACAGCCAAAGCCACCUGGUCUUGAGGAUGAAGAUUUUCCCUCUUUUCCGUCGACUCCGCCAGCGAUGGACGUCUCUAAAGUAGCAGGCACAUCCCACUCAAAGGUCUCACCCAAAAGCGGAAUAGUACUGAACGUCAAGCGGAAGUUGAGCGACGACGGCGACUCACCAUCGCCCUCUAGAAUACCGAGGACAAAAUCUCGCUGGGGUCAAAGACCAUCUGAAUAAGAGUCUCUAAUUCUUAUGAUUUGUGAUUCACGGGAUGGUGACCCUCCAACACGUAGUCUUUCUAGCGUAUCGCUAUCUAGUGAACAUUGUCGUGUACAAAGUGACAUUGUAUUUCUUUUGCGCGAGGAAAAAAUAAUCCAACGGAGCGAUAAACUACUAAAAGAGCUUGGCUGUAACUUGUAACAUAAAUUGUAAAAGACGAUCUCUCCGUUGUCUAUUUCUGAGCGGAAUUAUAAAUUGGUAUACUAUAAAUGAAAAAGAAAGAUAUGUAUGCGAAGUUGUCAGUAUGAAAGAGAAAGAACGAAUGAAAUUGUAAAUGUGAAAUCUAGCGUACUUGACAGUGAGUCGUAUGCAUUUCCGUAAGCGUUUGUUGAAUAUCGUUAAGAAAAACACUGUAUAUUUUUAGUAAGUGUUGAAUAUAGAAAUACAGGUGAGGUUUCUUCGCUCAAAAGUAUUUGUACACAAGCAAUCAAUAAUGUCUUCUCUCGCUUGAAGUUAGCAGAGUUCCGAACUUUUUAUAAUGCACGUAACGCAUCUUGUAUAAAAUAUGUGUGCAUGUGGAAAGCAGGUAAUUUUAAGUGAUAAAACAUUAUUGACCGCUAGUUUUUCUCGAGGAAGAAAUAAUGUGCGAUACUUCUAUGAUAUGUAUGUUUGUUAGAAUUUUGUCUACGCAGGAAUAUGGACAAAAUUAUACCCUUCCGUAAUCCUCUAUCCGCUGUAUUCUCAUGUCUACCGUUAAAACGAAUUUUUCGCGAAUUAUAUCCGCGAGAAGGAUUGCAUCUUCCACGUGUUUACUAGAGAUUCUGUAAUCAAAGUCUUGCCAUAAGGCAGUUUUAAUUGGUUUACUAUUUUUUGUCACUUCCCGAAAGAAAGAAAUAGGAAAAAGAAGGGAAUAAGAAAGAGCUAAUAAAUUUACAUCCUUUGCAAAAUUUUGAUAAAAUCGCCUUACUAAGUUGAUUGUCUCUAGUAUUUAUUGACAACGAGAGACAUGUAGAGGCAGGUUUUGUGAAGUAUCUGGAUAAGUCAAUUUAAAUCUAUUGUUCGAAGCUAAUAUGAUGUGUUCAAGACUUAAGUGUGACGACUGUUAAUGAUGAUUUUUUGAAAUUGUUUCGAAACAAAAAUCCUAAUAUCAAACUGUCGAAGCAACAAAAAUUUUUUUUUAAUCAGAAGAUUUAGAUUUAAUCGAUCAAACUAUCCAGAAUUUGCAUGCUCAAACAUUGCACAUCGCACAGUAAUACAGGUGUUCUUAAACACGAAUAUCAUUUUUUUUUUCUAUUAAUACGAUUUUCCACACAUCUGCUGAUAUUUUUAGUUCGGAAAAGUUCUCGGAAAUUUUGGAAAGAUUUUUUCAUUACCUUUUUUUUUUUUUUAAUUUUUGAGGCUUUACUGUCCUCAAUGAUUUUAAGGUUUCUUUCAUAUUUAAGAGUUCUAAUAGAUAAUUCAUCAGUUUGAUAUCAUUACUAGUUUCUGUAUUUUUAUCUCGAAACGAUUUCAAGAGUUUAUCAUUAAUUGUUGCUACACGAAGUGUGGAACACAAUGUAUAAUGAUAAGAGAAUAUUUUUAUUUUGAAUUAUUUGUAAGAAUAAUUACCUUAAUUUUUUUUAGAAUACUUAAAAAUCACCUUGUAUAGACUAACUCUAUUGAUGCUAAUGGGUGCUUUCCAUGUAAUAAUACAAGACGCAAACAUUAUUCUAUCCUUUUUUUAUGUUCAAUAAGUAGUAAAGAUAGAACGACGCUCGUAUCGACUUGUGUCACUAAAUUGGAAGCAUCCGAUGUAUGUAUAGCUUAAUGUAUCGCCGUACAAGGUACAUAAGCAAUCGUGUUGCUUGAUCGACGUACUCGUGGUAUAUACGCAGAACUUACACGCACAUGCGUCGAAUCAGAGCACGUAUUACUCUUGUAAAUACCAAAGCGAAAAGAUAAAAAACUUGGCGAAUGCAAUCACAUCGCCCUUGUGUAUGUAAAUAUAUAUACAUACAUACAUAUAUAUAUAUAUAUAUAUAUAUGUGUGUGUGUGUGUGUAUAAGCGCGCGCGAUACAAAACACAAGUUUCUGUAAUAUAUUUUAUUAAGAGUUUCAAAUCGGCAAAAAUAGCUAUGGCUCUCUCGCAUAAAAAUAUACAAAGUAGCCCCAAUUAUUUUAUUUUGUCUUGAAAGAGAUCCACAGAACUGAUUUUCGAGAAAUUGGAAUUGAAAAAUACAUGUAUACAAUAAAAAUUAUACAGGAUGUUUGAUAAUGACCAAAUCACCGUUCGCGAUAGAACAGAUCAAACAGCAGAAACCUCUACUAUUUUAUAAACUUUGCAAUAAUUUACGAGAUAUUAAUUAUUGAAAAUUGCCGACUUAGUUCAACCUGCUCUGAGCAAAAUCUCAAGCGCAUGGCGAGACACGGCGGGAUAGGACCACCCGGCUCUCAAGGUUGCAAGACGCGCGGGAAAUCGUUUAUUAUAAGCGGCAACAGAAAUGGCCCAAUAUCGCUUGAAAAAAACUACCCGCGCACAUAGCAACGAUGAUUGGACGUAGGACGUCUCAUCACGCGCUUACAUCUGUGAUAGGUCUGACGUAUUCGGCUAGCUUUAAUAAUUAGUAUCUCGUAAAUUAAUUAUUGCAAAGUUUGCAAAAUUAUAGACAUUUCUUCUUCUUUCUUGAUCUGCUCUAUUAACUCGUAAGAAGUAUUUCAGUCAUUAUUGACUCCCUAUAUACAUAUAUGUACACACGCAUACACAUAUAUAUCUUUUAAAUGUAUUUUUUAAGUAUAUAUUUAACAUAAUGUAUAACUAUAACAUUUAAAGAUAAUUAUUUGAACAUAAUUAAAGAGACCGUUAUGUUUAAAUUUUCUUUGUAAAUAAAAAUUUAAAGAAUAAUACUUAAUUCAAAUUAUUUUUGAUAGGAUAAAAGUACAGAUUGAAAAAAUAGCGAAGAAUAUCAGUUACGAUAUUUUAAAUUCUGUUCACUAUCAUAGAUAUAGUAAGAAUAGAUCGAGCAUAUCUAUUGCUAGAUAUUGAUUAAAAGUGCGUUCUACUUAAUGCCCGCCAUACUCGCGAGCUUUGUGUAUUUUUGUUUAAUAUUUGAUAAACAAUAUGGAUGAAAUAGUGCCAAGAGUAUCAUUUGCAAGUUUAAAUGGAACGCAUCCCAGGUAAAAUAAAAACAGAAAGCAGUAUUUCUUUCUUUAUGUUUUAUUUCAAUUGCCUCUCCUCUUUUACUAUUAAUUGUUUUUCUUCGUUUUCUACGUGAUCUUAAACUUUCGCACUUUAUGCUCAGUCUAUUUUUUCUGUGUCUAUGGUCGCAUUAUGAUGCAUUGUGAUAAUGCAAAUGUGUUUUAAAUUAAAUUCCGACUUCAAACAGUUCAAGCAAACAGCGAUGUAUAAAUCGUGCACAAUAUCACUCCGACCAGAAAACGCUGAUCACACGCGCACGCAACAUGCACAAUAUUUGAUUGUAUAAUUACAUACAAGACGCAGUUAAUGCAUACAUGCGUUUUUGUUGUGUACAAUAAAUAUAAAAAAUAUAUA